AUGAAUCCAGUGAUGGGAUUCUGGGAGAAAUUGCGGAUGAAAUUAGAUCGUGUUUCAUCAACUCAAACAUCAACAUCAGAGAAUCAUAAAACAGAAACCAACACAACUACACCUAACUGUACUACAACUCAUUCGACAAAUAAUCCCGUUCCAACGCCAGUGACCGUGAAUGUCUAUGAUAUGUUGUGGAUAAAUGAUUACGUCAGUUCUCUUGGUAUUGGAGUUUAUCAUACAGGAGUUGUAGUUCAUGGAAUUGAAUAUUCAUAUGGUGGACAUCCAUUAACCAACUCUGGAGUAUUCUCUAUGUUACCAAGAGAUUCUGCUUAUUUAGGCGAAAAUUAUUCGUACAAAGUGACAUUGUCCAUGGGAUAUACAGAUUUUACAGCUUCCGACGUUCCUUUAUUACUAGAGAGUAUAACGACAGAUUAUCGUGGUGAUCAAUAUCAUUUAUUGAAUAAAAACUGUAAUCAUUUCUCUGAUACAUUUGUUCAGUUACUUUGUGGUCGAUCUUUGCCUAAAUGGAUAAAUCGAUUGGCUACAAUUGGUUCCAAACUUCCAUUUAUUGAACGUACACUACCAGCUGAAUGGUUGAAACCACAUCAACAGAUUAAUAAUCAUAUAAAUAAAGUCGAAAAAUAUGACAAUGAUAUAGAAUGUAUAGAACAAUCAAAUCAUUUAAAUAUACAAACUACUUCAUUGCCUAAUAUCCGAAGAAUUAGUACUAUAGAACGUUUACAAAAUUGUGUACAUCGUUUACAUAAAGGAAAUAUACAUAAACGUGAACAAAAUCAUCAUCAUCAUCCUCAUCAUUUAAUCAAUUCUAUAAAAUCUGAUACAUAUUCAUUAAUUGAUAUUCCAUUGAAUGAAAAAACACAAAUAGAUUAUCAUUUAUAUUUAUAUUUAACACAAUAUAAAACAUUUUCUAAAUCUAAUUCUAAUGAUGAAUACAAUAAAAAAAUAAAUCCUUCUGUUACUAUGACAAAUAAUACAUUGAAUAUGAAUACAAAUCAUUGUAUAAAUCAUCAAUUUUCUGAUGAUUUAUUGACAAAUAGAAUAAUAUCAUCUCAUGGUAUUUCAUUACCAUCAUUAUCAUUAAAUCAUAUUGAUAACACUUGUCAAUCUAUAAAACGAUCUCAAUCUAUUGCAUUUGAUCAUAUCUAUCAAAAUAGAUAA